AUGGAGAAGUGUUUUCUUGUCAUCUUCAAGGCUUAUGGGAGAGCCCAUUUUCCCGAUAAAGCUGUGGAUUUGUUCCAUAAGAUGCCUCAUGAUUUUCGUUGCAUCCCCACUAUUAAGUCUUUUAAUUCCGUUCUCAACGUCAUUAUUAAAGAGGGUUUUUAUCAUCGAGCCUUGGACUUCUAUAAUCGUUCCGUUAAUGCCAAGAACAACAAUAUUUCUCCAAAUGUGCUCACUUUAAAUCUGCUUCUUAAGGUACUGUGUAAGUUGGGAUGGGUCGAUCGUACAGUUGAGGUGUUCAGAGAAAUGCCCGUGAGGAUAUGUCCGUCCGAUGUCUAUCCUUACUGUACAUUGAUGGUUGGGUUGUGCAAGGAGGAUAGGAUUGAUGAGACUGUUUCCUUGUUGGACGAAAUGCAAACCGAGGGUUGCUUCCCUUCCCCUGUUACUUUCAAUGUAUUGAUUAAUGGGUUAUGCAAAAAGGGUGACUUGGCUCGAGCAGCAAAGCUAGUGGAAAAUAUGUUUCUCAAAGGUUGUUGUCCUAACCAAGUUACUUCUAACACACUCAUCCAUGGUUUGUGUAUAAAGGGGAAGUUGGACGAGGCAGUUAGUCUUUUGGAUCGCAUGGUGUCCGUUAAUUGUAUUCCUAAUGACAUCACAUAUGGAACCAUAGUUAAUGGGCUUGUUAAGCAAGGGAGGGCGGAGGAUGCGGUUCAAGUAAUGAUUUCUAUGCAUGAAAGAGGGCAUGGAGUGAGUGAGUAUGUUUACUCAGCCCUUAUUAGUGGGCUGUUCAAGGGUGAUAAAUCUGAGGAUGCAAGGAAACUGUGGACUCAAAUGAUGGAAAAAGGGUGUAAACCUAACACUGUUGUUUAUAGUGCUCUUAUAGACGGUUUGUGCCGCGAAGGAAAGACAAAUGAAGCUGAGGAAGUUCUAUCUGAAAUGAUAGACAAGGGUUGCACCCCUACUGUUUAUACAUAUAGCUCCCUGAUGAUGGGUUCCUUCAAGGCAGGCAAUUGCCAUAAGGCAGCUAAGCUGUGGAAAGACAUGGCAGAACAUGAAUGUAUUCACAACAAGGUUUGUUACAGUGUACUAAUCCAUGGCCUUUGUGAGGCUGGGAAUCUCAGUGAAGCUAUGAUGAUGUGGAGAGAUAUGUUGGACAAAGGUUGUAAACCUGAUGCAGUGGCUUACAGUUCAGUGAUUCAGGGCCUCUGCAAUGCUGGCUCAAUAGAAGAGGCUUUGAAACUUUUUCAUGAGAUGCUUUGUCAGGAGACUGAAUCUCAACCUGAUGUGAUCACCUAUAUACUUUUUAAUGAUUUAUGCAACCAAACCAACAUUUCCCGUGCCAUUGAUCUUUUAAAUAACAUGCUGGAUAGGGCCUGUGAUCCUGACAUAGCACGUGCAAUAUAUUUUUGA